UCAAGCUUGCCGUCAGCUGUCUCUUCAGUACAAGUUAAAGAGGAGAAAUUGGACACACCUGCUGAAUAUGACCAGGUCCAAGAGAAUGGAGGCAUAUAUUAUGUCCAUAAAGUCACUCAGGAAAAGUGGAAGGGCUUGUCUGACAGUUCAGGCCGCCAAUAUUUUCACAAAGUGGGCAGCUCCGGUACCCAGUGGUCACUUCCAACAUUGUCUGAGGCCUCCAACGCAGACAGUGUAACUCACAAUGGUGCAGAUACAACUGUUCAGAUCAAACCAAGAUUAAGGCCUGAUGUGAACUGGGAAUCCCAGGAACAUCGACUCAGCACAUUUGGCGGCCACUCUGCACGGAAAACCAAGGCAAUGUCGAUGUAUGGUCACCUCGAGACAGUGCGAAGUGGUCGGGUUUCAGCGCUUUCUGGAAACUUACCCAGCUCCAAACUUUUACCUCUGGAAAAUGAUCUUAGUCGUAGCCCACCAAGAGCCACAAACCAUCAGCGACCAACAAAUCUGGCAACCUCAGCUUCAAAGGGAUCUUUGCAACCUUUAACACUUGAAGAUGUCCAUGAAGGCUAUCUUUACAUGACCAAAAUCUUGGAUAUCAGCAAGAAGAAAGUCAA